AUGUUCCAAUACCAUCCUCAAGAUUCACAACAGCAGCACCCCUCUGAAGGCUCAACACAUAACGCUAAUCUCUACAUGUUAUUCAACAAGUUCUCUGGUGAUGCCAAUGAAAGCCCUAACAAGAGAUUGACCAAAUCAAAGUCCACUCCUGUUUCUGUGGAGGCAUCUCCUCACAUGAGCGAGAAGGAAGAAGCAGCCGAUCUUGCUGAGGCAGAAGAUGCUGGAUCACCUAGUAGCCAGAGCUCCAAGAGUCGCCGCAUGUCUUUGAAUAAAGCUGAAAGAAGAGCUGAACAUAACGCCAUUGAACGUGCUCGCAGAGAGUGCCUAAACUCCAAAUUCCAGCAGCUGGCAGAGGCACUUCCCAAUCUUCAAAACCAUCGCCGUCCAUCCAAAGGCCAAAUCGUUGAAAAAGCUCUCGAUUGGGUUAAGCAAAACAUGACAAAAGAAGACAGAUAUCAAUAUCAAAUCAUACAACUUCAAAAUGAAAAUAAACGACUGAUGACUCAGAUCAGCAUUGUCCAAGAGCAACAGCAUAAUAGUGGCAUCAUCACACCACCAGCCUCAUCCUCCUCGACGUCUUGUUCUUCCGCUUCUUCUCCUCCUAUCACUGCCCCAUUUCCCGCUGCUCUCUGUCAACAGCAAUUUCCCGCGCAUUCAACUCCAACAGCAAUUGAUGCCCCCACAUCCUCUACUAGUACUAGUAGCAAUUCUAAACUUAGAAAUGCACCUUGUUAUUAUCAACAGCAGCCCGUCGAUGAGAUAUCGCUCAUGUAUGCAAACAAUGUUGUAGGCUAUGGCCCUCAACUCCACCCACAUCAUUAUAGCAGUGUUCCAUACAAUAUGCCAUUCAAAGUCGAAGAUGAUAAUGAUAGCAAUUCCUCAAUCGAGGAGCAGCAAUUACAAAUGGCAUACACUGAUAUAUCGCAAUGUACAUUAUUUGACAUGAACCACCCUUUAGCUGUUCAGUCUUCAUGGACAUCCAUUCCAGCAUCUAGCAAAUCAAUCUCCCAAAACAAUACACAAUAUACAUAUCCCAUUGGUCAUCCCAUGUAUACGCAUUAUUAA